AUUGUUGAAUGAAGUAGGAGAUUCAGAUUUUAAGUUAACAUUUAAACGUAGGGAAAUAUUACUUGGCCAUGAAGAAGAAGAGGAAGAAGUAGAAGCUGAACCAGAAAGAAAGAAAAAUGGGAAGUUUUCGGCAUUGAUUGGAAUAAGCACUGGUAUAGGUGCUAUAUUUGCAGUAUCCGUUUUUGUGCCUUUGCCUAUUAAAUUGGGUGAUAAAUUCCAGUUAGAUAUAAAAUCCAGUUUAGAGUGGGCAUAUUUGGUUGUUCUGGGGUUUGCAAUUUUCUCGUUUAUGAUUUUGAUAAUUUGGUUAUACAGAACAAGAAGCAAUGUCAAUUCAACACACGAAAACUACUUUGAAUUAUUACGCCAUGGAUUCGAAUUUUCACGUAUCAACCAUCAGGUGAAAUUAGCCUAUGCAGGUGCGUUCGUUGCUAGAUCAACUACAGUGGCCAUGGCUGUGUUUAUUCCACUCAUGGUCUACGACUGGUACUACAACAAGGGACAGUGUAAAUCAAACGAUCAAAAUACAGGAAAUUUGACUUGUCACGAAGGGUAUGUAUUCUCGGCAAUCUUGACUGGAAUUGCCCAAACUAUUGCCCUUGUAUCUGCACCAUUUUGGGGAUUCUUGAUUGACUUCAGAAAAGUCAAGUCGAGAAGCACUCCAUUAAAAGUAGCUGCACUUUUUGGGCUAGUGGGGAACUUUCUUUUUUGUUUCUCUAAUACUACGAACCCAAAGACUGUGACUUGUUUCUUGAGUGUAUGUAUUUUGGGUGUGUCACAAAUUGGAUUGAUAAUUAGUAGUAUGAGUGUUUUAACUGGUAUUCUGGAUGUGCAUGAAAUUAUGGGGUCAUUGAGCGGGUUUUAUAGUUUCUGUGGAGGUUUAGGGAUAUUGAGCAUUACUUUACUUGGCGGAUUCCUUAGUGAUCUUUGGAUCCUAGGUCCAUUCUUUAUCUUGGGAACAUUCAAUGCGGCAUUGUUGGUGAUUUGUCACAUAAAUCGUGAUGAAAAGUACCAAGGCGAAUCACCUUUAUUAUUACUAGGGUAAGUAAGUGGUCACGUGAGUUAAAUUCAGGUUGUUGCCCCCCCUAUAAGGAAAAGCAAAAAAAAAAAUUUUUUUUCUACCGCAAAGAAAGCAAAUUGGCGCUCAUGUACUAAAAAUAUCGCAGGGCAUGCACGCUGCACAUUUAAAAAUUCAAGCCGACAUAUCUUACGACCAAAAAGGGCCCAGUACAAAGGUUUCCUACAACCCACAUUAACAAAAGUCAUUUUAUAGAUACCAGAACCGGAGAGAAUAUCAUUAUGAUAGAGGUACUAAUCACGCUAGUACCAUCUCUCUGCUGGCUCCUUUAUAGGUUCUAUUUAAUUCUCCGAACCCCGGUGGAAAAACUUGUUGAAGAUUUAAAUAUUGAAAUACCACACACGCCUACUAUUUGCAUUGACUCCAUCGCGGAAACAUCAGUGGUGGUUCAUUGGAAUAUAGAGAUCCGGUAUGACGAGAACUUGUAUUAUGUAUUGGUGAUAAAUGACCGUGAAGCCGCCACACUCACGUCGACCAGUUGUAAGUUGAAUAAUUUAUCAGCCAAGCAAGUGUACCAGAUUCAGAUUGUGGCUAUUAAUUCAAUUACUAAUUUCCGGUCAUUAAGUAAGCCUGUUUUUGUUCUGACUUUUAACAAAGACGACAAGGAAUUGGAAUUUUCCAAGGAUGUUAAUUUUGAUGAGGAUAUUGUGGAAAAUAUCAUAACUAGUGGUGCUGUUUCCAGUGCUGAUGACACCAGCUCUAGUGCUAAUGAUGAUGAGUCUUCAUUAGAGAGCAUCACCAUUGAUCAAAUCCAAAGCAUCACCAGUGCUGAAUUGCUCAAUGACUAUUUGAGUAAGUUCCAACAUGAAUUAGUCAAGGUAAACGCGGACUAUAGACAAUUUCAACAAACCAUUUCCGAAGAACAUGAACAUUUACAACAAGAGUUACUUUUAUACAGACAUGAAUUGGAGGAAGAAUCAGAUAACAAAGUUAAGAAGGAUCAAGAUGUCAAGUCCUUGGAAAGAUCCAAGGACGUGUUAACUUUCCAAAAGUCGAAAUUGUUGAAUCAAGUCACGGCAAUUAAGAAUUCUCUUGUAUUAUUCAAUACUAAAUUCCAAGAGAAUGAAGCCAAGAUAAGAAAGUUGCAAGAUCGAAACCAACUAGCAUUAACUAAUGAAGAAAAGGAGAAGUCAAAGAUUAAUAAGAGUAUAGCCAGCGUUCAAAAGUCAAUUUCCAAGACCAAGGAAGAAAAUGAAAAGAUUGAAGAAAACUUGAAGGUGUUGUUACAGGAAAGAAAAGAGUCGAUUGCUUUAUUAAACCAAAUCAAACCCUUGGUUGAAGUGUUCAACCAAGCUGCUUCGAUCCCAGCAACUUUGGCAAGUUCCACAGGCAUUUCCAACACUCCAACUCCACCACCAAUACUUUCCUCGGGCGCUACACCACCGAUUACUGCAUCGGGAACAACCACUGUAACCAAUCAAUCAACUAUUUCCUCAACACCCUCAAUUUUCAACAAGGACGGUUCCAUUGCCAAACCCGCAUUUGAGGCACUUGUUCAAAUCUUUCAAAUCAUGCCUACUUGGCAAGACGAAAUCAUGCACGAAAUCAACCAGUAUCAAGAAUUGGAACAAGCAUGGCGUGAUUCAUUUAGAACAGAGAUCAAAAAGUAUGUGGCGGUGCAUCAAGCAUUGGAGAUUGCUAAACAUAACUUGGAUAAGAAUUAUGUUCCAGUGAAGAUGAAUGAGUAUUUGGCGUCUAUUGAGUUUGGUGGGUUUGCUAAUGCAUUACCUAGACCAAGAGCUUCGAGUAAACGGAUUUUCACACCUCCGAUUGACGAGCUGAACUUAGUUGGUAAUAUGCACAAUAGUGGAUUUUUCAAUCAUUAUGGGCAAGUUUAUACUGACAGUGAUUCCGAUGUGGGUCAGAAGGUUUCCCCGUUGUUUCAACAACCACAAAUUGUGGAACCGGUUGUGCAACCACUUCAACUGUCACAAAGAUCUAUUAACCAUGUAGUUGGUGAUUUCGGUGGUACCGAUUACAGUUAUCCUUCUCCGCCACAACAGCAAGCACAUCCAUAUAUAAGUUUAGAACAAAUUAAUGCUCAAACACAUAUGGAAAUGGCUAAGAAUACUGCAGGGGCACCAGCUACAUCCACGACAACCAACGCCACCACUACCACUACCACUCCUCCAAUGCAAGGGUUUCCUUAUGAUGAUCAAAUUUACACUAGUAGUAUUGCUGCUCAAUCUCCUUUAGGUCCUACGAACCAAACCCAAAAUUUGUUGAGUUACGGCGAUUACAAUUCGUUGUUGUAUAGGUACAACUCGCCUACAUUGGCUCCUGUUAAUCAUGAAGUGUGGAAUCAACCUGCCACCACUAAUCCUGGUAAUUCUGCCAAUACGUAUGGAUUUUUGGCUACCCCCACAUCAAAGUUAUGGAGUGACAGUAGUAGUAUCACCGGCAGUGCCAGUCAAGACUAUGAAUUUGGACAUAAUCGUACUGUUUCUGCUACAUCACAAAUCUGGAGAAAUGAAGCUACACCAUCUUCAAGUCAUCAUAAUUUCAAUUUGGGUGGUGUGGGCAGUGUUUCAAGUGGCGCUGAAUUUCAACCAUUUGGGAAGAGUAUAAUGCAGUUGUCGAGUUCAAUGAAUAACAAUAACAACAACAACAACAAUCCCAGUCUUGUCCUCAGUCAGAAUUUAGGGUUGUCGGAGUCACAAGUGCUCGGUAAUACGAGAACGACCCCGCCAGAUAAUGAUGACAGCCGAAGAGAACAAUCAGUAAAUCUGAUAAAUUUGGGUUAAGUAUUUUCGGUUAUCGAAGGCAAGGCAUGUCAAACGUUUCUCCAAAAAUAAUUUACUAAAAAAUUUUAGGAAGUAACUAGCGAUAGUGGGGGGAGAGAGGGGGUUAUUUAGUUUGUAGAGAUUAAUAAAAGUGAUGAUGUUGUGCAC